AUGCGGUCUUCUACACGUCUCUCUGAACGCAACGCUUCUGGUAUCCAGAAACUCAAGCUCUCCUUCAAGAAUGGAGGUGCUACUACCGAAGCAUCGGGAGGCAGAAUGUCAAGUUUCUUGGGAGAAUACGACAGAGAGUUGGAUGAAGGGGCGGACGAGCCUCUAUGUUUUGAGGAGCAAUUCAUACUAAGAGUGCCCGGAGAAGUGGCGGAAGGGAAAAGCGGACAAGGGGGGCUCAAGGAUAUGGUUAAGGGAAAGGGAAAGAGCUUGGAGGGUAUCGAGUUCAAGUUUCUGGACUCUCGCCGAGCGGCUUUCAAGAUUAACGGUACAACCUACGCUUCCAAACUCGUCGAUCUUCCAAACAUCAUCGAAUCUCAAAAGACGAAUGAUAACAAGCAUCUCUUUAAAAUCGCCGACAUCUCCCAGAUGCUUGUCGUCGACCAGCCCGUCAAAGAUGAGGCGUCAAUAACGGCGUCACCGCUCAAGAUAGACGAGUACAUCUGGCCGCAUGGGCUUACGCCUCCGAUGAGGCACGUGAGAAAGAGACGAUUCAGAAAGAGGAUGAGCCGAUUGACGAUCGAAGUGGUUGAGGAGCAGACGGAGGAGUUGCUCAAGAAGGAUGAGGAGGCUGAGACGACUUCGUGUGAACUACUUGAUGCCCACCCAGAUCCCGAAAUAGACGACCAGUAUUACAUAGACUACAAUCCCAACGGCCCCUGGCAAGGCUCCGAGUACGGCGAACAAGGAUCCGAGUAUGGCGGUUCGCAAAUGUACGACGACCCUGGCUCUGUCGCGCCGUCGCAGAUGGAGGACUGGGGCGAGGGCGGUACAGACUGGGGCACCGAAGUUGGAGAAGGCGAGGGCGAAUCAGGAUAUGGAGGUGAUGAAGGGGAUGGAACGUUGGAUCAGGAGCUCGCGGCUGCGCUUAUGGAAGGUAUGGGCGGGUCCGAGCGCUCUGGCACGGAAGAAGAAGACGGCAUUUCGGGCACCGACGAUUCUGAUGACGAUGGCGAUGGUGACAGAUCAGACGAAGAUGAGGAAACUGUUGAAAGAAGGGGCAAGAUCAAGCAGCUCACGGUCGAUAUCAAGAAUUUGGAAAACAUUAUCGAGAAAAAGACCAACAGUUUCACUGGUGGAAAUCCCAUCAUGGUCAAACGUUUCGAAGAAACUAUCGCCGGCCUUCAAGCCGAUAUCCAGACCAAGAUUGCUGCACGACAGGCUAUUGUCGACGAGCUCGGUCAGGCGGAAGAAGGCGCCGCCAUUGAGGCCACCCGCCAGCCCCUCUCUAUCGACGAAAAAGCGUCCUCCCCCGACGACCGCGAGGGUAAAGAGUCCACUGCAGCGGCAGAAACUCCCAUGCCAGUGGAUGCGGAUGUGGACAUGGAUGAAGGCGCUUACAGCGAGGCCCCUACGCCAGCCGGAGAGAACCAAGGGGUCAGAGACUCAUCCCCAGUGUACUCUGAUGAUGGAGACGACCUGUUUGGGGACGAUGAUGACGAUGACGACGAUGGGGAGGAUGGGCCGCCUUUGCCGUUACCGGAAGGAGACGAACAAGACGAGGAGCAUGAAGACGAUGAAGACGAAGGCGAAGAGGAUGAGAUGGCGAGGAUGCUGCGUGCAGAGCUGGACGGCCUUGAUCAAAUGGGUGGUGAUGAUCCCGACGCUCUGCCGAUAGAGCAGGAUCAAGCAGAUGUGGAUGCCGCGGCGGCGCUGGAUACGUACGGCAUGGCGGACGAGUUUGGUGGCUUUGAAAACCAAGAGGCAAAUGCCGCCGACCUCAUGGCGAGUCUCGACUUUGACAAUGUGGAGCAGAUGCCAGCGUCCGAACCUGAAUACAUUGAGGGAGGAGCAGGGCAGAGGAGAUAUGCUGUGGGCGCAGAUGACGAUGAUAGUUCGGAAGACAGCUACGGUGACGAUUGA